GGCUUCUUCUCUGGCUCCAAACAUCUUCCAUUACCGUGCUGUAGUAAUUCGUCUAUAAUUCAUCCUGAAUGUUUCCCCAUCAUCGCAGCCGACGGAAAAUGCGUGUCGUAUUCACGAUCGUUACCUACACCUCGAGAAAACUGUACCCUCGGACCAAGAGAGCAGGGAAAUACGGUUAGCGGUUAUCUUGAUGCAAGUCAAAUCUACGGUUCUACACAAGAAGUUGUGGAUAAGAUGCGCUCAUUCAAGGAUGGCCAACUCAACCUUCGAAUCUUAUCAGCAUCGCAUGGUGGUCUUCCUGAAGCCGAUGACAACGAGGAGUGUCGAAAUCGGUCUCCUACGUCUCAGCCAUGCUUUCUUGCUGGCAGUUCACGAAUCAAUUUGUUGCCUUCGAAUGCUGUCAUGUACACAAUAUGGAUGAGACAGCACAAUUUCGUUGCAGAUAACUUGAAGGUGAGUAAUUAA